UCAAAUAUGGUUGCUGGAAACAAGAAAAAUAUUGCAAAUGAUGUAGUUUUAGUUAAAUUGUGUGCUAAUUUUUACUUGCGUUGGCAAUUAAAAUUGUGUAACGAAAAAGUUUAAGUGCAAAAGUUCGCAGAAAUCAAAUCGUAUUGAUUUGGAUGGCAAAACGGUGCGCGAUUUGUGAUGAUGUUUUCGUUGUUUUGAUCGGUAUCGCAAAACAGGAAAAGUAUCGAAUGAAUGUUGAUUGUUUCGGGCAGAUACAUUCGAAGUCAAAAUAUUCUCAAUACGUUAUCCGCAAUGUCGCCCUUAUGGACUGCUAGAUAUGAUUAUCAAGCUCAGGGUGACGAUGAGCUCUCAUUACGCGUUGGGCAAAUCGUUUAUGUCUUAUCGAUGGACAGCAGCAUCUCAGGUGAUGAGGGUUGGUGGACGGGUAAGAUUGGCGAUAGAGUUGGGAUUUUCCCAUCCAAUUUCGUCACGAACGAAGACCCAACUGUGCUCAAUGUGCAACCAGUGCAGAUCAAACACGAAGAGCUCGAUCUAAAGGAAGUAAUUGGCUUUGGAGGUUUCAGCAAAGUUCAUCGUGCGUUCUUAAAAGGUGAAGAAGUCGCUGUGAAGGUAUCUCGGCAGGAUGAAAAUAUUGACGUGACCCGACAAAAUGUGCUGCAAGAGGCCAAACUGUUUUGGUCCUUGAAACAUCCAAAUAUUGUGGCUCUGCGGGGGGUUUGUUUGGAUCAACGAAUAAUGUGUUUAGUGAUGGAGUAUGCUCAUGGUGGUUCACUGAAUCGGAUACUAGCUGGGAGAAAAAUUCCACCAGAUGUUUUGGUGGAUUGGGCUGUUCAGAUUGCUCGUGGGAUGAAAUACUUACAUUGUGAGGCACCCAUUUCCGUUAUUCAUAGAGAUCUGAAAAGUUCCAACGUGCUGAUCAGUGAUCCAAUUUCAAGUGAUAACCUCAGAAGUAAAACUCUAAAAAUAACCGAUUUUGGCUUGGCACGCGAGGCUUACAAAACCACGAGAAUGUCGGCGGCGGGUACAUUUGCUUGGAUGCCUCCGGAAGUAAUAAAAUCGGGCACAUAUUCAAAAGCUUCUGAUGUGUGGAGCUAUGGUGUUCUUUUGUGGGAAUUGCUAACGGGCGAAACGCCCUACAAAGGAUUUGAUUCACUGAUGGUCGCGUACGGGGUCGCUGUGAACACCCUUGCCUUGCCGAUACCUAAGACCUGCCCGGAAGCGUGGGGAAAGUUAAUGAAAUCCUGUUGGGAAUUGGACCCUCAUCGACGACCAUCGUUUAGAGAUAUUGAGAAAGGAUUGGAUAUUAUCACACGCUCAGGAUUUGCACAAGAACCCCAUGAAUCAUUCCACACGAUGCAGGACGGUUGGAAAAAGGAAAUCGCCGAAGUUCUUCAGGAACUACGUAAGAAAGAAAAGGCAUUUAAGUCUUUUGAAGAGGAAUUACGCAGCAAGGAGGAGGAACUCAGUCGAGUGCAACGUGAACAGCGUUGCAAAGAGGAAGAUCUGGCAAAGCGAGAACAGGAACUGGAUGCUCGUGAAAUCGAACUCUUGGGACGUGAGCUCAAUAUUAUUAUCACCCAAAAUACACCGACACCCAAGAAACGAAAGGGAAAAUUCAGUAAGAGUAAAUUAAAGUCAUUGAAACGAGAACCGGGGCAGAUAUCGUUUCCGUUCAAUUUUCGUCAAACGAUGACAGUACAACACAUCGCUAUUCGAGACGAAUCCCGACAACGAACCGAUACUCCACCCGGUUCACCCGCCACACGACUGAGAGCCAUAGCACUUCCGGCGGAUGGUAUGAAAGGUAAAACCUGGGGACCAUCGACUCUACAUCAGCGAGAGCGAGGUCAUUUGCCGGCACUGCGAACAACGGUCCGGACGCCGCAUUUCAGUAAAAGUGCCCCGAACCUGGACAAGACCCGCACCUUAGCGAUAUCCGCCAGUUCGUCGCGUAACGAAAUACUAGAUUACGACACCGAUGAGUGGUACCCGCCUAGUAUACCCGUUGUCGGUGACACGUCGUUGAGCUCUCCGUUAUGCACUAGUUUAACCAGAUUCAGUGGACUUCCCAGCACGAUUCCGAUGCCGACACUUUAUGCUUCCGAAGGGCAGCGCAAACCAAAGUUAUCGAUUAUAGAAUUAGUUUUGUACAAUAUUGCCUCGAUGCUGGCUGGUGUCGCAUCUGGGUAUGACGUUCGGAUAUCAAAUGUUUCACCCGUUCAUCCCAGGCUUCAUCCGCAAUCUGCGCUGAGUGAUGUAGAUCAGUCACAGUCUAGUCCUUACCGCAAUCUGCAUCAGCCACUGCUACAGAUGCCUCUACCUUUAGAUAAUAAUGUAGAUCAAGUGUAUUCGGAAGUAAAUAACGACCAGGUUUAUGUUCACAAUACCUAUCACGGACCGGUAAAACAGAGCAGGACGCCUUUGUCUUCGUUGAGCCCACGACAGGACGACCGACCGUUGCGUUAUACCGAUUCACCUCAACACUAUUUACCUUCAACGAUGUCGACAACCAGUGGGCUGGGAUCAAAUUACACGCCAUCUGGACCGAGCUCUUCGCUGAGCGGUGGUGCUGGUACACAACCACCCACACCCUCACCGCGGAGAAAAUCAAGCACCGCUUCCUUCAUUGAUUACGGAGAGCUGCCGGAAGAGCAGGAAAGUAGAGCCGGUCUCUACGUGCCUGGAGAUUAUACCAACUACCCUCAGCAGAACAGCAGCAUGAUUACAACCGGGACCAAUGCUGGAUAUUUUGGAUCCCAUUAUUUUCCUUAUCGGCCUGAAAUCAACUUUGCCUUCGAGCGCGACACUAAGUCAUACGGCGGUGAACCCGUGUAUGAAGAUCAUCACUACGAUAGUGCAUCUUACCACGAUUACGCCUAUGAAGGAGGGAUGACUAACCGGUUCAAUGCUCCACGUGUUCCUGCUAUGGGUGUCAACGCUGCUGGGCACAGGAGAACGCUAUCAAAUGCUUCGGGAACUACUAGUAAUAUAAACCAAGGGUUUCAUUUCGAUCAGGACGACGUUGAUCUAGUCGAUGAAGCUAUCUACGGGUUUGAUAAUUUUUAUAUAAAUCAGAGUGCUGUCAAAGUGCCCGAAAGUACCCAUGUACCUAAUCGGAUUCAUGAGUACGAAAACAUUCCAAACUAUUUUAAAAGGCAAACAAGUCUAAAUGCUGGUUAUUCCGGACACUUUGCAAAUGAUUUUGUAAAUAUUAGCAAUCAUGAACGGCCUAUUAGUAUAGGACUGGAACACGGAGGGUUAUCAACAUCAGGAACCGGAACGCAGGUAAAGUUGAGAUCUAGCUUAAAAAAACAUAACAACCAGCAGCAGCAACAAUCAUUACAACAGCAGACUCAAAAUAAAUAUAGCACCGGUUCAAGUGGUAGUUGUGGUACACCAAUGACAAAUCCAACACCACCAGAUAGUCUGACUAGUGAUGAUAGUUCAUACAUGAGUGCUAAGGAUAACUCAUCUUCUAUGUCGUCUCAAAGUCGUGUUCGAUUCACUCCAGAAUUGCUUUUGGAUAUGCAACAGCGGCAGUAUCAACCUCAGUCACAAGUAGGUCAUAGCUCUAUUAUUGAACUUAGCUCUCAUGUGCCACUUGGUCGCACAUCCUCCAGUGGUGGAAAUGUGGAGACAAAUUCUUCGAGUAAUGUAUCAAUCGCCACUGGGCGACACACGAAUGUAGGUGAAACAGGACAAUCCUAGCAGUACGUGAAAACCUAUAUGGUGUAACUUUCGAAUUUCUCUUCGGUGCACUUUUUGUUCCCCGCACUUUUUUCUUGCUAGGGUGAGGAAUCGUAAAAGUAUUGUGCAUUACGGAAGAGCGGCAGGUUAGCUUUUCCUAAAAUGUAUAAUGUUUUUUUGGUUUUUAUUGUAUAUUUGAAAAAAAAGCGUUAAUACUCAAAGAUAGCCAGUAUUAUUUCGGAAGUUAACAACUAUAAAUACUCAGAAUCAUUACCAUGUCACUUGUGCUUUGCGAGAUUUUAGAAACGUCUAGUAAUUGCAAUAAUUUCAAUUAUUUAAAUUUUGUGGUCUGUUAAAAAAUAGUAUUCGAAUUCAGCUAUAGAAAUUUUUGAAUGACGAUUUUCUUGUACGAAGCCAUGCAAAAAACAGCUAUGGAUCAUGGAUUUAAAUAGUCUUUAUUCGUGGUCGAGAUUCGAACAAACUGGCUUGUGAGACCAGUGCCUUACCUCCUUAAACCAUCGACCCGCACCAGGACAUUUUGUUCACAUCACGUAUUAAUGGACCAUGAUUCAUUUGUACGUCCCUAACUCACUGAAUGAUUUUUUUGCUCUGUUGAUCUCGUCAAGGGCCUCCCAUUGCCCUUCUGUAGAAACGGGCCUGGUGCACAUAAAAUUUCACUCGAAUGCGUUUUCUACAUUGUCCAUUGAAGAUGCUUUUAAUCUUUAGCACAAUUUCCUGGUAAUGCUACUACACAGCUCUGGUCUUGUUUGACUUUAGUAUUAUAAAUUCCAAAGUAUUAUGAACUCUCAUAUCAAAAGGCUGUUCAGCUGGUUUUCAACUUAUAGUUUAUAGAAUGCAAAAAUGUUAUCACGACAGAGCAGCGGUAAUUUACCGUAAAUUGGUUUUACAAUCGUGAUAAAAACGGUUUCGACAUCAGUUGAUAGAAAUGUCCUGUAUCUUUCACUACUGAACAUCCUUACUCUACUCUCAACAUUUGCGUUCGAAUAAUUCAUUCAACUGUGAACUUGCAGUUAAUUUUUAGUGCAUGGAGAAACUUUAUGUCUACUGUAACGAUUCCAUUGGUGCUAAAAUUUCUUCUAGGCCAAAGAUGAUUUAUGAAUAAAAUACUUUGACAUUUAAGUACACUUUUGAAGCUUCUUUUAAAAAAAAAAUUCAGCUGUUUUAUGAUGAUAACAGUUGGUAUACCCGUAAAAAGAACUUAUUGUGUUCUGAUCAGUGUACUGAAUUUCUAAUGUUUCUAUCAACACUAUUCGAGAUAACACCGUUGAUCCUAUUGUUAGAAAUAAAUUAUAUUUAAGACCUUAUAUAGACUUUCACUGACAUUCCCGAUAAAAAAUUUUCUAAUUCAUUAAAAACAGAAUUUCAAAAAUCAUUGGCCUAAAUUGCAGCUAAAUUGUUCAGUCAUCACACGAUUCCUUCAGCCUAAUGGCACCAAGAAACUCGUCCUACUUUUUAUUAUUCAGUCAAUCUAUAUUCUAUAUAAAAUCGUAAUCACAGUGGCUCUUCUUCACCCGUUGUCAACCUCUAAGCAAAUUGUUCUAGAUUGCGACAUAUAAGCCUAGAUUAGUAGUCAAAUUUUGUGUAGUACAAAGAGACGAACUUUGCAUGAACACCGACCGUACGUUUAGGCUAAACAUGUAUUGAUUAAAAAUAUCCUAAUUUCGUACUUGGAUCUGUCUCUUGCAAACUGAAUGACUAGCAGAAGGAUCAAAUAGGCAAUCAAAUGCUAUGGCAAUUACUAUACGUACGUAUAGGAAAAAGAGAAUGUAACUCUUAAUAGAUUUAUUGCAAUUUGCCAAUUUGUAGUUAGCUCUGCAGUAAUCGUACGUAUGAUAAAGGAAAAAACCAACUAUACCAAUCGAAAGAAUAGUGAAGCACCAUUUGUAAUUAGUUUCAUCCAAUUAAAUUCGGUUCUACAGUGUACUAAGUGAAAAAGAAUUGUGAACGCUAUAAGCUUUAGAAUGGAAUGAGAAGGUAGGAGGUCAAUGAAACAAAAAGGACUUACUCUAGUCGUAUAAGGUUUGAUAGUAGGAUUUUCGGGUUUUAAUUAAUUUAUAUUUAUUGUCUUUAAGAGAGCUAGGUCGGUAAUGUUUUAUACAGCAUUUAUAAUGCUUUUUCCGUUGCUUCGAUGAAAAUUUCAUUGUACGACAAAUAAAAAAAACGAAUAGAGGAAGGAUAUCAGGCAACCUCAGUAAUGGAUGCGAUUAUAGGAUCAUGUUAAGAGAGAAUGAGAAUAAAAUAAAUUGAUGAUAAAUUGUAUUCUUCGUG